UCAAGGAUCUGCAUUUCUUCAUCUUCUUAUGGUCCCUAUCUCCAACCAUCUCAUCUUUGUUACACCAACAGAGUAACACAUACAAUGGAGGAAAGGUAGAUUUUUUUUUUUUUUUUCUGGAGAUUGGCAUAAUCUACUUUUGAGAUGCAUUGUCUUUUGGUCAUGCCAGCCAGUGAGCCUUGAGUUUCAACCCCAAGAGCUAAGCAGUGAUUUACCAAGUGUACAUGAUAAGUAAGACACAUGCACUGUAGAGAUGGAAAGAAAAUUCAUUCUGAAUGAAUGCCCACAGCUGUUGGUAGAACCAAAUGAUAAACUGAUCUGUAAAAGGCCUCAUGAAAACAAGCGCCUAACCAUGGGACAUAGUUUGUAUUUUACAGAUGAAGUUUGUGAUUAGUAAAUUAAAAGAUAUGAAAUGCAUCAUUUUCCUUCUUGGCUUUUUAUUGUCUUUCCUUAGAUGAUGAAACAAGUCUGCUUAUCUUUUUCAUUGUCUUUACCUCAGCCCAAGUGACUUGUUUAAAGUUGGCUUUGUUUGCUGUUUGCUCUAGCAUGGCUCCAGUUGUUGUGACAUCACAAAAGUUGCCUCUUUGCUCAGUAGCAACGACCAAACUUUGGGGAGGGGGCGGUGAAGGGGGAGGUACAGAAAACAGAUCAUGAACUCAGGAGGACGACUAUCCAUCAGAGCUGGAAAGGUGCUCAGGGAGCUGGACAGAGUCCAGCCUUGAGAGUGGAACAGGUAACAUCUUGCAUCAUGGUUGUUUCCUUGUGUUUUAUUACUACCCGGCUGGACUCCUGACUCACCAGCCUUCCAGUCCACUGGAGCAAAAUGUCUCAACAGCCUGUUUGAACCAAGUAAUAGAGUAGCUUACAAUGCUUAUUACUCUCAAGAGGGAUUGUUCUUUUGUCUAAGACAGGGCGUUACUUCCAAUUGUCUUGAAACAGUAUUCCAGGGGCUAAGGACAGUUAUGUGCAAUAGCUUUGCACAGACAGUACUGCUCAUCUCUGUACAUCCCAGAAGGCUGGACAUGUUUCUACACUAGGUAUCAGGCCCCAAAACAUUAUUAAUUGCAAUGACUCACACCAUUUCCCUGUUUAGCUAGACUAGAGGCCAAAAAGUUCAAAGAUAAAUCCUGUGAUUGUUCUUUACUCAUUUUUUUUUUCUUUUGAUUUAGGUUAGACCAUUGUUUAGACACAAGAACUUGCUUGAUCCUGACAGCUUGAGUAUAGAAGCAAAGAAAGGACUGUUGCUUUUGAAUGUAAAGAAGCAAACUUUUAGCUGUUUGCUUGAAAGACCAUCCUGUUGGAAAUUACCAGAAAUUUAGCCACAUCUUUCUUAAUCUAAGCUUGGUUCAACACUCAGAGGAGACGUGAAAAAUUGUCUCCUCAAUGGAGGAUGACAUUGACCCUGAGCAGAGCUCCUGGGCUGAUCUACCUGAUGUCUGUCUGAGACAUGUCUUCCACUGGUUAGAUGACAAGGAUAGAUUUCGGGCUGCAUUGGUCUGUAAAAAAUGGAGGCAGGCCAUGUACUCAGGAUCCCUCUGGAGAACCAGAACCAUCACAUUCAGUGGUCGGCCAUCAAGGGCACACAGGUUUGAAUUUAAGACUGCACUGUGGUAUGUCAAAAAAUUUGGCAAGUAUUUGGAGCACCUUGAAAUCAAGUUAUUGUAUCCUUACAAUACAGUCAUUACUCAAAAAUUUCAAGCAACUAUGAGAGGUCUUCUUUCACACUUGGGUAAAUGUAACAGUCGCCUCAUAUCCUUGAGCAUCAAGAACCUGGAAUUAGACCGCCUUGUCUGGAAAAACAUGGUCAGGGCUCAGUUUCUCAAGAACUUAGGUACCUUCCUGAAAAGAAUGAGCAAACAGCUUGAUUAUCUCAACUUAAAAGGAGCAAGAGUAACCUUAGAAGAAGGCUGUGUGCUUCUGAAUUCUCUGAGCUGCUUGACUAAUAAAAGCUUUAUAUCAGAAAUCAAUAUCGAGGAUUUCUUCAGUCCCCACCUUCCUGUCUACAGCAGCAUUUUGUUUCACCAAACCAUGUCCAAGUUCCACAGCCUGGUUAUCCUGACUUUCAAUUAUAAUUGCAUCUCUGAUGAACUGCUGGACAUCCUGCGGGAGCACAGCGCUCAUUCCCUCUGCACCUUGAAUAUCAAAUGUCAUAUCCAUGACCCUCAUGGGCAAGUGGUCUUGGGAAUGUCAUGGGCAAACUUGGCCAAGACAGCCCCAAAACUGAAUGUCAACUUCUUCUUUGAAAGAGUUAUGAAGCAUGAUCACCUAGCCAGGAUCCUGCUAGUGGAAAUCCCAGUCAGGAGCAUCAGUUUACAGAGCUGCCGUUUCAGUGAUCCAGACUGGAUGAUGAGACCUACCCUCACCAGCCUCCUUCCAGCCUACUGGCAUGUGCUGCAGAAAUUAACACUUGAAGUAAACAAUGACCAUGAGGUGCUGGAUGAUGAACUGCUACAGCUCAUCUUAUCAUGCAGGAGGUUGUUUUUUCUGAAAGUCUGGGCAUUUCUUAGUGUCACCUUUAUGGAGAUGCUGCUACAUAAUCGCGCAGAAAGGAAAUGCUUUUUGACUACCAUAAAGGUCAGGAUUUACACAGCCCGACAUGAGACCAGUGAGGAGGAUCGGCUGUUGCGCGAUAUUUACAAGAAGUUCAAAAACCUGAUUGACUCAGAGCUUAAUUAUUUUGUCAUCACCUACCCAAUGGUGUAAGCCACAGGGAGACCCAGAAAAACACCAGUUACAUCUACAAAUGAUGAAUGAAUCCUUUAGAUGGCAUUAGUAAGGGAUUUAAAUCUUGCCAGCGCUGCCUCCAAAUGAGAAAUACCGUUACAGCAAGAAACAGGGAAGGAACAAUUUUACUAUCCCCUGGAUUAAAAUGUUGGAUUUGGGAACUGGCCUCCUGUGUCUCCAGCAUCAUUAAUUGUUGUAAUUUCUUUGCUUUCCCUCAACAGAACGAGAGGAAGAAAUGAGCCCUUUCCCAGUCUUUAUAUGCACCUCCAGUAAAAACUAGCCCCUCCGCUUUACUCAGUAAUUCCCACUGUAGAGUUUCUAACACCUCACAUUUGAAGCCCCUCUGAUUAUUUCCGUUUUACAAAUAGGGAAACUGAGAUAUGGGGUGAGGACGUGAUUAACCCCAAAUUAACCUUGGCUUGAUCUUGACUCGGUUGCAGUCAGAUACCCCAUCCAAUGUAUCACCAGUCCCUAGUUCCUGUUGAGUUUAAUAUACACCUUGUGUCCAGUUCUUAACAGCAGAUGUUAAGAAAAAAACAUACCUUGGCUAGUCCUAACCAUAGUACUCCCACCCACCCCUCCCA